UUUAAGGCCGGGCCGCCGAGGGAAACACCAGUAAGCAGGCAGCAGCGUGGCGGUGACGCAGCGAUGACGUCACCGGUGCCAGGCGGCCGCUGCUCCCGCUCCGGGCGCUGACGCGGAGGCAGAUUAUCCCGGCAGCAGAGCAGGACGGCCUCCAUGACUGAACAGCAGCGUAAGCUGAUCAGAGGCGCCGUCUCGCUGACUGGACUUUACCUGAUUUAUGGAUAUGGAGCUUCGCUGCUCUGCAACCUGAUCGGCUUCGUCUAUCCGGCUUAUUAUUCAAUCAAAGCCAUUGAAAGUCCCUGCAAAGAAGACGACACAAAAUGGCUGACCUACUGGGUGGUGUACGGCGUCUUCAGCCUGGGCGAGUUCUUCUCCGACAUUUUUCUUUACUGGUUCCCGUUUUACUACGCAUUUAAGUGUUUGUUCCUGUUGUGGUGCAUGGCUCCGAUAUCGUGGAAUGGCUCCCAGAUCAUUUACAACAAAGUGGUUCGGCCCGUCUUCCUCCGGCAUGAGGCCACGGUGGACAACAUGGUGAGCGACCUGAGCGGGAAGGCCAUGAGCGCCGCCGAGAACCUCACCAGAGAAGUUCUAUCCACUCUGGUGAAGAACAAAACUCUGGUGACACCAAUGCCGCCGGUCGCCCCGCCUGAACCGAAGAGUUUACCAAGUUUAACCGGAGAAACGUCCAACGCUAAAGUUGCUCCGAGCGAAGAAGAACGAAGGCCUUUUCUUGGGUGAGCAGAUUGUUGUUCAGAUAGCAGCAGAGGAAGAGGAAGAUGCUCCGCCGAGGAAGAGGAGCAGAGAUGUUUUUAUCCUGAAUGAUCCAAACAGAAAGUGCUCCUUAUGUCACAGAGACUCGGUUAUAAGGCCAUAUUUUUGAAGAACGGUGAUGUAUUUAAUCUGAAUUUAUGAUUUGGAGAUCAUUUAUUGUCUUUAGAAAAUCAGACAGAUACUGGAAGCUGCUGUCUGAUCUACGAGCUAAAUGUCAAAACAAGUUCAGGAAAAAAUAAAAAAUAAAAUCCUGUGACUGGAG